GGUCUUCUUAUGUCCCGCAAGCCGCUGGCCUCGCUCCAGUCAAAUCGCUCAAAUACGCAGCGCCAGCAGCAGCAGCAACCCGUGUCGCUGGCAAGGCGUCUGCUCUUCCCGUCGCUACCAAAUAAUGACUUGCCCCUUCUCCUCGUUUGUCCAGUGCCGCCAGAGCUCAACACCGAGCUCUACGACUUCAUCGCCCUCGCUCUUCGUGCCUUUGUGAACCCAUGGUGGACCAAGAUUACUCGCUACGACAAAGAAUUUCUGCCGGACAUCACUCGUAUCCUCACCGUCGUCGUCCGGGCUCUCGAGGAACGCGUUCUUGCAACCGAUUUCUCAUCUGUCAUUUGUCGUGACAUCCCCGUAAUUCUCACCCAACAUUACAUCGACUACCGUAAUGCCUCUUCCAAAGUAGCCACUGCAUAUGCUGCAGGCGGGGCCCUUUCUAUUGACCAGCUCUUCCAUCAGUUUCAACCACACAUGGCUCUGUCCCCUGAUGGUCAAAUAGAUCGUGUCUAUGUUCGCCAAAUCCUUGAUCACAUUCUCAGGGUCUGCUUACCUCCAGAGGACUUUGAGCCAGAGGCCGAAAGACUCAUUGUCAGAGAAAUUCUUCUCAAAAUUGUGGUCAAGGACGUCAUCCCAAAAAUCGUUCAGCCUUGGUUCAUUCAGAAGACCAUUCUAGAUCUCCUUGGACCUCAGUCCCGUUCUGCAGGUAGCAUUGUGUCUCCAGAAUCACCGCCGUCGUCGCAGUCAGGCCAGGUUUUCUCCUUCCAUACCAUCCUCAUUGUUUUCCUCUCCGCAAUACAGUCCAUCUCAGGAGCUUGUCUCGCUCUAAUACAUACGUAUAAACAAGCGGUCAAUACCAUUAAACUUGUGAACCAGUCUCCGCCCAAGUCCUUUCACCCAUCUUCGUCUCAUUCGUCUUUGAAGAGCACACCAUCUUCGAGCCCCGUACUUCCUGAAACGAACCUAUCCUCAUCACUUUCUCGCGCGCCGUCUGAGUCAUCAUCGACUUCUUCCCUUGCGAAGGCACCUCUUUUCCCCUCCGACCACCCUGCACUUCCUUUUGUUCCCACUAAUCAGAAUGAACAUCAUCAUGAAUAUUACGCUCAUGGACCUAUACUCGUGAUUUCGGAGAUAUUUUCCAUGCACGAGCGAUACGCGUCAAGUGUGAUCAUAACUACCAUCAGCAUGCUGGCGUCCUUUUUCACCUCAUUCCUCGAUCGUCUGCUUCCCUACCUCCUUGACAAUAUGCUAUCCCCUGCGCUACUUCUCAGCAUUGUGCGUAUAGGAAAGCGGACUUUAUUUCCGAACGGGUACCCCGCGCCUCCCCCAGUGGAUCCUACGCCAGAGGAACAAGCCGAAAUCCACGCAAAGUUGCUUGCUUGGCGCGGCACGGGUGGUUUAUCAUACCUAACUCCAAUACUGCUGGGCUCUGAUCCUUCGGUAGCGCUCAAAUCUGCCAUCGACCCCUUGACGAGUACCUCAUGCAAUGUGCACCUGAUCAUGAUGAUUCUAGACCGGGUUAUUAUCGCGUUAUUCCCAGAACUUGGUGGAGCUGGACCGGGGGAGGUCCUUAUAUAAUGAAUACUUAUGUACCUUAUGGUCUUGUCGCGUUAUGUACACCUGUUUGAUUUGGAAGCCAUGUCUAUUUUCCC